AUGCGAGCAUGCAAUGGCUGCCGAAAGCGGAAGAUCAAGUGCGAUGCAGCCACCACGAAUACUUGGCCAUGCUCGGCAUGCACGCGGCUAAAGCUCGUUUGCGUUCCUCCUACUAUCGGUCAAGAUGGGGAGUUUCUGGAGGGACAAGGUGGAGAGUCUGCUCAAGAUAGCGGAGGCCCAUCCAACGCCCCCGAGACUUCUCACCAUUCAUUCCCGGUACCUCCAACUUACCGGGACAGUAAUCAACCCGCGAUGGCAGCAUUGCCUUCCUACGACUCAAUGGGCAUGUACUCGCAAUUUGUUCAUGCUCCAUCAAGUCAUCCCGGCAUGUAUAAUGACCUGCGAUCAUCGCCCAUGAUCAUGCCUCAUCAGUCAUAUCAGCAACAAAUGUUUGCCGGGGCACAGCAGCCGUCGCUGGGGCCUGUGGAUCGGCGAGGCUAUGCUGAGAGCGAGCCAUCCACUGCGGAAAAUCUGAGUGACGUUCUUGGGGAGCUGAAGAUUGACGAAACGGGAAUAGCCCCAUAUAUUAGGAGACAAAGAGCAGAUCGCGUCGAACCCGAUGUGCCCGUGCAGGAUGAUGUCGAGGAAAGACUUCCACCUCUCAGCACAGGAGCUGGUGCCAUGAUCCGCAUUCCUCCCGAACUUAUGCCCUCUGACGACGAUGUGAUGCACUAUUUCAAAAUCUACUUCGACGAGAUUCAUCCUUAUGUACCCGUCAUACCGCGUGCCCAUCUAUACUAUCAAUGGCAAAACGAUCGUCGCUCCAUCUCCCCUUUGCUUCUUGAAGCCUUAUUUGCCUUCAUGGAUGUUCCGCGCCUGAGCACCAUUCAGGCGUUGCUCCUUCUGUUGAAAGCAAGAGAGUCAUUGCCUAAAAAAGGUUACUACUACCGGUCUUGGCAGACGGUCAAAACAAUCGUAUCAAUGGCCAAGGAUCUAGAUAUACACGAACACUACAGCACUCAUGCCGAGGGAAGACCCUGUGACCUGAGCCCGAUUGAAUGCUUGAUAAACACACGAGUUUGGCAAGCCCUUUUGGUGGUGGAAGUAAUGAUCGGUGCACCCCAAGGUCGUUCGGACUACGGUGUUGACCCCGAAACUGUGGAUAUGCGGCCCACAAUGGAUAUCAGGGGUCUCGAUUCAUACGAGGUGGAUCGCUCCCGGCAGUAUGCUUACUUUGUACGCAACGCGCACCAUAUCCGCAUCAUCACAGAUAUAUAUCACAAAGUCAAGAAGCAGAAAGACUGGGGAGCCGAUCCCCGGUUUGUGCAGAAAAACCCGCUCUUUGCAGAUUGGUUGCAUAACCUCCCUCCUGACCUUCAGGUUAAUUACCCGGCUGACGGCUCUCCGCCAUGGAUUCCAACACACUUUGUUGGUAAUAUGCAUUCUCAUUGUCACCUUGCGAUUAUAUUGUUACACCGCCCCCAACUCCUGGCAUCCCAAUCUUUCGCAGCCGGUGGUGACUGGAAAAUCCACUUCUCUUUAUGCUAUUCUUCAGCAAAAAGUAUCUGCCGACUGCAGGAAGCAAUCCUUGAACGAUUCGGACUUGGGGGACUUCUUUACAUGCAGCGUGGAAUCAAUUUUGCGAUUUAUUGCAUCCUCACAUGCACAAUGUUACACUUGAUUGCGAUUACGUCUCCAGAUCCCGAAUUCAACUCUGAUGCGCGGGAGUUCUUUACCCGGCAUAUGCGUAUUUUGGAACGGUGCUCGACCGCCUGGCCUAUGCCCGAAAUUCAAGCGCAAAUCGACUCAUUGCGACUCGCUUUCUCUGCCGACACCAACCGACCAUUUGAGCUGAAGCCUAGCUUCCCUUACGGUAGCCCAUCAGAGCCCUAUCAGCCCAGCCCCCCUAUGGACACGCACUACCAUCCGCACCUCAAUCAAGUGCCAAACAAUGUCUCAUCCAGAGUGGGUUUCAACGCACAUCCAAUUACUCCUCCGAUUUCCGCUGGUGCUGAAGACUCCAAGUCCGAUACAUCCUCCCAGUUACAAUCGCUCGGAAUGGUCCCUCACCAGCCACCGACGACCCAUCCCCUUGAUGCCCCAUUAGUGGACGAAAAUAACUGGGACCCAACGCGCAUCAUCAAUCAAUGGGACAUGGCAUUCUCUGUCAACCCAUCUACCGUUAGCACAAACUCUCCGCCGAUGUCUAUGAACAACACCACACAACCCCUCACAAAUAUGGUGAACCACCAAUAUCCAAUCCAAUACGACUCGCCCUCCAAAGUAACUGUCCCGCCAUCCCAAUCCGUUUCUCCGGCCCAGUUCCAGACCCCUCCUGUCAUAUUCAGCGCUCGGGAAUGGCAGCAAAGUGUGGCCAGCGUGUAUGACCCGCAGGGCUUGAAACGUCGUUGGAACUACUCUGUUGAUCUUGGCUCUGACAAUGUUGCUAAGCGACAACGAGGAUGA